AAAAAAAAAUAGGAAUGAUCAAGUCAGUUAUAAACUAAACAUCAAUUCAUCAUGGUCAAGAGAAACAAAGAAUUUAUAAAUUCAAAUUAUUUUCACGAUUAUAAUUAUGUGGUUAAAGUUGCUCAAACAUUACUCACACCACUUGGAAUUUGGCCACGUUAUGGAAAUGAUAAUUUUUUUUCAAAAUUACAAGUAAUUUUACAUAUUAUCAUAGUUUUCAGUUUUAUGCUAUUUUUACUAAUACCACAUUUGUAUUAUACAUUUUUUGACGCUGAGGAUUUAAAGAAAUUAAUGAAAAUAAUAGCGGCACAAAUAUUUAGUACACUUGGUGUUAUUAAAUUUUGGACAAUGAUUAUUAAUAAAAAAAAAAUUAAAAAUUGCCUCGAGGAUAUUGAAAAGAAUUUUCAAAAUGUUAAAACAAUUAAUGAUCGUGAUAUAAUGUUAAAAAAUGCAAAAAUUGGUCGUUUUUUUACAACUGCUUAUUUGGGUUUAUCUUAUGGUGGUGCAUUACCAUAUCAUAUUGUAAUGCCAUUGGUGGCUGAAAGAAUUAUUAAUAAUGAUAAUUCAACGCAAAUUCCAUUACCCUAUUUAACUGAUUAUAUAUUUUUUAAAGUUGAAACAUCACCAUUUUAUGAAUUUAUUUUUAUUUUACAAAUUUUCAUUAGUAGUCUCAUUUUGUCGACAAAUUGUGGUGUUUACAGUAUGUUGGCAGCAAUUAUAAUGCAUGCUGUUUGUCUCUUUGAAAUUGUUUGCAAGAGACUUGAAAAUUUAUCAAAAAAUGCAAAUAAUAUUCAAGAAUUAAUUACUGAAUUGAGAAUUAUUAUUCAAAUGCAUAAUCGUGCAAUUAAAUAUGCUGAAAGAAUUGAACGUUCAUUAAAUGUUGUAUUUCUCUGUGAAGUUGUUGGUUGUACAAUUAUUAUUUGUUUCUUGGAAUAUGGAGUGUUGCAGGAUUGGGAGGAAAAUGAUCUACUUGGAACAAUGACGUAUUUCAUUUUAAUGACAUCAAUUUUCGUCAAUGUUUAUAUAAUUUGUUUUAUAGGAGAAAAACUCAAAGAACAGAGCUCAAAUGUUGGUUAUUCAACAUACUCUAUAGAUUGGUAUAAUCUUCCAAAAAAUGUAGUGGUAGAUUUGACAUUUUUAAUGAUGAGAUCUGAACAUCCAUCUUGUUUAACUGCUGCUAAAAUGGCUGAUUUGUCACUUCAAGCUUUUACUGGCGUAAUUAAAACAUCGGCGGCAUAUUUAAAUUUUCUCCGAGCACUUGAAAUUUCAUUAUUAAUAUCGGGUCCAAUUAUAUUUUGGACAAUGUUAUUAUUUAAAUAUACAUUAAUAUUGAAUCGUAGUGAUUAUAUAAAAAAAUGUUUAUUAUUUAUUGAAGAAGAUUGGCAAGAAGCUAAAACAAAUGAACAUCGUUUUAUUAUGAUGAGAAGCGCAAAAUUUGGCAAUUAUUUAAUAAUUAUAUGUGCAAAUUUUAUGUUUAGCGGUGGUAUUUUUUAUCAUUUAAUUGCACCAUUAACGGCUGAUUCAAUAAUAACGGAAAAUAAUAUAACAAUACAACCAUUUCCAACGCCAGCUUAUGGAAAAUUUUUCACCAGUGGCUAUACACCAGUUUAUCAAAUUGUUUUCAUUGUACAAGCAUUCACGGGAAUUUUUAAUGAUUUAUUGAAUGUGAUGACAUUUAGUUUGGCUGCUGUUUUAAUUUUACAUUCUUGUGGACAAUUUGAUGUGCUUAUUAUGUAUUUAAAUAAUCUUGUUUCAGAUUAUGAUGAUGAUGAUGAUGAUGAUAAUGAUAGUUAUGAUAAAAAUGUUGCUUUGAGUCAUAAUCGUUUGGUUAUUAUUGUUCAACGACAUUUGCGUGUAUUGAGUUUUGUUAAUCAUUUAGAAAACUUGUUGACUGAAAUUUGUCUUAUUGAAGUGAUGGGUUCGACAAUAAUAAUUUGCUUAUUGGGAUAUUAUAUUAUUGUGGCAUGCAAAGAAGUUGAAGUCUCAGAUAUUUUGGCAUACAUUUUUCUUAUUGCUUCAUUUAUUUUCAACAUGUUUAAUUACAGUUAUUUAGGAGAUCUUCUAACAUGUCAAGCGGUAAAAGUCGGCGAUUUUGUACGCAUGAUUAAAUGGUAUAAAUUACCAAAACAAACAAUUAAUGAACUUAUUUUAUUAAUAAAAAUGUCACAAUUCCCAGUAAAAAUUACUGUUGGCAAAUUUUCAGCUUUAUCAUUAAAUAGUUUUAGCGCCGCACUUAAAACGUCUGCAGCGUAUUUCAAUUUUGUUUGGAGAAUGACGCAGUAAAAUUUAUUUUUCUUUUUCAAUUGCAGGUUUCUUUAAUAAUUUCCAAUUUUUU